AUUGCAGAUGGCCAAAGAGAACUAAUCGAGUCCUACAGUGUAAAAAAGAGACACUUCAUUGGAAACACUAGCAUGGAUGCUUGCUUGUCUUUCAUUAUGGCAAACCAUGCAAGAGUAAAACCCAACGAUGUCGUAUUUGAUCCGUUUGUUGGAACAGGUGGCCUGCUCAUAGCCUCAGCACACUUUGGAGCGUAUGUGUAUGGUACUGAUAUAGACUACAACACAAUCCAUGGGUUAGGGAAGGCUAGCAGAAAGAACCAGAAAUGGAGGGGGCCCGAUGAAAAUAUCCGAGCUAAUCUUCGGCAGUAUGGUCUAGAGAAAUACUACCUUGAUGUCCUGGUUUCUGAUUCUUCAAAACCCGUAUGGCGAAAGGGGAUGCUGUUUGACGCCAUCAUUACAGAUCCACCGUAUGGAAUCCGAGAAGCUACUCGCAGGACAGGUUCACAAAAGGAAACAGUUAAGUCAAGUGAAAGAAGCACAGAAAAUCACAUCUUCAUUUCGUCCAGCUAUCAUCUGAGUGACAUCUUUUUUGACCUAUUGAAAUUUGCAGCAGAAUAUCUGGUGAUGGGAGGAAGAUUAGUUUACUGGCUGCCAAUAUACAGGCCUGAAUAUACGGAAGAGAUCAUUCCCCAGCACCCAUGUCUGAAACUUAUUAGUAACUGUGAGCAGAUGCUUUCCAGCCACACAUCAAGGCGCCUGAUAACUAUGGAAAAGGUGAAAGAAUUCAAGGAUCAAGAUCACAAUUCUUACUCGUUGGAUGGUCAAUAUAUGCCGUACAAGGGACACAAUUCUUUUCGUGAGAAGUAUUUCAGUGGUGUGACAAAAAGGAUUGCCAAGGAAGAAAAAGACAACCAGAAGUAAAAUAUAAUAUAAACAGAUUAAAAAUGAGGAAAGAAUGAAGAUCAUGUUUCUUUUGUAAGGACAUCUGGAUGUGCACAUUCAUCUGGAUGCUUCAGAAAAUAAAUACUGCUCUUGAUUUUUAAAACAAGAUGAAACCCACAACACAGGUUGAGAGCAGUUUUUUUAAUUAGCUUUGUUUAUAGCAGAUUUUAUUGUACAAGUUUUUUGAGCCUUAUUUAAUUUAUAUUUGUACUUUCAAGUACUAAUGAUGAUUGACAAAAACCAUUAUUAUUGUUCUUUCACCAUUAACAUUUACAAAAAAGUAGUAGUAUUAUUUGGCUUCUUAAACUGUGGACAUCUGGCUGUUUUAGAAACACGUGAUGGUGAUCAAGGAUUGCUUAUUAAGAAGACCGUUUUCUUUUGUAAAUGCUGUACAAUAAAAACAGCUAAGCUUGUUGUGA